AAUCGGGUGUGUCCAGAAUUUAGUUCCUCGGUGAUUAAAAACUAUUUAUUUAGCUCGAAAAGUUGUAUUCAUGCGGGAAUAUAUUUUACUUGUGUUUAUUUAAAUACAUUUUAAGUAAGGAAAAUAGCUGUCAUUGGUGUAGUAGGACUUUAUAUCACAAAACCCUCCCAAAAUCGGGAGUUGUUUUUUUAAGGUUUUGCUUUCUUGGAGAGUAUUGACAAUGGUGUGCUUCUCAUAAAUAAUUAUUCUAAUUUUUCCGUUUUUGCUUGAAUGAGUGCACAAAUAUUUGCUAUGACUACAAAAUAGCCUUUCCUGGUUAUACACAUGUAAGAAUCAUCACUGCCCAAAGGAUUACACUCUUCACUGCUUUUGUUGCACCAUUCAUCAAACAAAUGAGAUGGCUCAGGAUUUCCUCCCAGGCAUGGAGAGCUCUGCUAUCUCUGUCCUGAAGAGAGCUGUGGAGCUUGAUCAGAGCUCACGCUUCCAGGAGUCUCUGGUGUGCUACCAGGAAUGGAUCCAACUCAUGUUAGAUGUGCUGAAAGCUGUAAAAGAUGACUCAAAGAAGGUCCAUUACAGAGAGAAGAUCAAGGGCUACAUGGGACGAGCAGAACAGAUUAAAGACCAAGUAAACAAACUCAAAGAAGAGGGCAAAUACCAUGAGCAGAUUAAAAUAGCAGGCAAUUCCACUGGUUUCAGCUAUGAAUCCCUCUUUAAACCAUACAUCAGAGACUGGCUGACUGAAGUCUGGGUGGAGGACCCUUAUAUACGGCAUGUCCAUCAGUUAUAUAAUUUUCUUCGCUUCUGUGAAAUGCUGUUGAAAGGCCCAUGCAAAGUAAAGACGAUUCACCUCCUUACAUCAAAGGAUGAGGACAGCUCCUCUCAGCAAGCCAUUGCCCUGGCAGAAAUAAAGCAGUCAAUGAAGAGUCAAAAUGUAUUUUUGGACAUUCAGUACUCUUCUACUAUUCAUGACAGGGAGAUCAGGUUUAAUAACGGUUGGAUUAUUAAGAUCGGCAGAGGGCUUGAUUAUUUCAAAAAACCAAAGGGUCGCUUCUCCAUAGGGUACUGUGAUUAUGAUUUGAGAGAGUGUCACGAGACUACUGUGGACAUUUUUCAUACGAAACACACCAAGACGACAUAGUCUUCUAAGGCCUUUUCACUGCCUGGCAUGUCUGUAGAGAUGUAUCUUCACAUGCAGUCCUCAGAAACCUACCUGGACAACUAUAAUGUGCAUUUGUCCCCCAUUUUCAGCUUUAUGAUAUUUAAAAAAGUAAUUCCUCUCUUAUGUAGAUAAUGAGAAACCCAAUUUUACUGUCUAUUUUUAAAUAUGCUGAUCUGUUCCAAUAUAAAGUGCAGGGAGAUAUUCUGAGAUGCCUUUUACCUAAUAUACAUCCAUGUGCUAUUGCUUCUAUCUGCUGUUUUUAAACAUUCAAGACAGGCAUUUGUGUUUAUUAUCUGGUAUACAUCUGCAAUUGUGCAAACAAACUUCACUUGCAAGUAAUUUAGUAGCCUAUUUUCUAAUAUCUGUACUACGUCACCAGUAUGUGCUCUCCAUGAAAUGUUUUGUACAUGCAUUCUUUUUUCUACUGAAAGUGUUUAUUGCAAUAAAAGUAAUAUUCUGUG